AUGAAUGCCAGUUGUGCUGGGAUUGGGUUUCACUCAAACUCCCUCAUUUCUUGCGAUGCUGACGCCAAUGUGUACGAAUGGGACAUUGUGGGAGGCCGUUGUAGAUUUAAAUUCAAGGAUAACCACUCUGUUCACAUUUCUAGCUUUGCACUAUCGCAUCCGUUUGGUGAGAAUGUCAGGAAUGCGUUUUUGGCAAACGGCUCCACUUCUGGCUUUCUAAAUGUCUAUCCAAUGUUUUCCCAAAAGGAUGAUCAAUCGCACCUUGUUCAGAAUGAGCUAGUAAAGAGCUUUGGAAACCUGUCAACUGAGGUCACUAGCAUCGCAACAGAUUCUACCGGAAACUUUAUAGUCUAUUCCUCAGUACACAAGCGCAAUGCUCUGAGGAUAGUCUAUACGCCGUCCUUUAAGGUAAUCGCAAAUUGGCCAACGGAUAAAAUUAAUCUCGGCCGUGUAACAUCGCUUUCCUUUUGUUCACAACAGAAUACUCUGGCCAUUGGAAACAAGAGGGGAAAGAUCCAGUUUUAUAAAAUCAUUGCUUAA